UUUUAUAUAUUUAGAUUUUAUUAUUUAACUGCAAAAUCUAAAAUAUGAUUACAAGGAGAUUAUCAAGACAUACCAACCACACCAGGAGAAGCAGCAGAGGAUCCCAAGUUCCUUAUAUAAACACGAAACUAGGGGACCAAGUUAAUAUGAAAUCAUCUGCUUCACGACAAAGGAGGAACAAUUUAUUCAAUGCGAAUGUACUAGAUACUACUAUGAGCACACAAGAGAUAUUAUCCCCUAUUCCUGCUGGGGCUGAUCUGGAAAUUUUCUUGAAAUAAGCACAAUGAGGCUAAGAAGUUCGAUUUACUGCUUGAAAAAGUUAUAUUGUAUUUUAAGAAGAUCCACAAAAUUCUGAAGGAAGUGACCAGAGAGGAUGUCUAUAAACUUCUGGGAAAGUUAUUUUCAACUUCAAAACAAACUUCAGAAUCAGGUUUCAUAUUGCCAAUUUCUAAUAAAUUACGGCUUGAAGCUUUUCUAGCGUUGAGAGUAGAUUUAGUAGAAGCAGGCGCAGAUCCAGAUGUGGAAAAUUUCUGAAGAUGGAUUAUAGAUAAUACCACAAGAAUCAAAACAAUCUGUAAAUUAUCGAAAGAGACACGUACGAAGCUUCAAAAAUAAAACGAAUGAGAAUGCGAUGAGGUACAGAAGUUUCAGAGAGAGCUUAAAGAACAGAGAGAUCACUAAAUCAUACGAUAACUUAAGAAUAUUUGACAAAUCCUAUCAAGUCAGACUAAAGUUAAAUAACUCACGCAUUAAGGAGGAUAGUCCAAAAAUGUCUAGACCUGUCAUUAAGUUGACUUCUUUUGUUGAGAAAUAGCAAUACAAACUUGGGAAAAGUAUUACCUCAAAAACUGAAAACAGUCAUUAAAAGUCCAAAAUCUAAGACUAAAAAACAUGGUCUUCUCCGCUUCACUACCAACACCUCAACAAAUUUUUCUAAAAUCCCAGAAAGAAACAGCAUUUCCAAAACCCGCCUAUUCUCACCCAAAAAGCUAAAAUCUAAAUCUAGAUCAAGUCUUAAAAAGCUAAAACGAAACUCCUUUAUGGACUCAAAGCCGUUUGAAAAAAUUAAUUUUUUAAAUCUCACAGAAGACACUGAAAUAAAUCUCAACGAUCUAAAUUACCUAAAAUUCCCUAUGUACAGAAGAAUCAGGCUGGAGUCCUUGCUCACUCCAAAAUGGUAUGACUCCAAAUUUGACUUGAACAAAUUUUUAAAUUACUAAAAUUC